AUGAGAACCAACGGGGACUUUAUCAGCAGCGGUCAGAGUACCCAGUGCCCACACUGUGAGCGAUUGAAGAGCUGCUCCAAAGGUUUCUGUCUGACUGCUCCUGACAGGAUGUGUGCGCGCUAUCUUGGAUUUGUGCUUCUGAUUUGGUUUGCAGGAGUGACGCAUGCACAAAAUGAAAAUGUCUGCAGGGCUCCUGUGCUGGAUGGGGGUUAUUAUGUCCCUGAAAAAGAGACUUACUUUCUUAAAGAAGAGCUCACUUACGCUUGUGAUUCUGGACGGAAACCGGUGUUGGAGGGUUGGUGGGCGACAAGCAGAUGUGAAGAUGGGAAUUGGGUUCAUAAACCACAGUGUAUAGAUCAAAAUGCCUGCCUCCCCCCAACAAUACCUCAUGGAAAAUAUGAUAAAGCAGAAGACGGUUGGUACAAAGAACGGGACUCUAUUUUGGUACAAUGUGACGAUGGAUAUGAAUGCAAAGACAAGUGUACGCCCAGGUGUAGAAGUGGAACCUGGAGCCCUUUGCCUGUCUGUGAGAGAAGGAGGAAUUCAUGCAGUGAGCCUCCAAAAAUCUCUCAUGCAGUCAUAAUUCAUCAAUACAAGGAGGUGUUUUCUGAAGGUUCAGAAGUGCAGUAUGAAUGUGAAGAAGGUUAUACUCGAGAGGGCAACAAUAUCUUUUGUGAACGUGGACAAUGGACUGCAGGGCCAACAUGCAACGAAUCAUCAGCAGAUCAGGGACACUCUGCAUCAGACACAGACGUCCAGCCUGAGGGGGGAGACAGAAGAGAAAGUGGAGCUGGCAGUGGUAAACAACCGGAGGAAGCGCUCUGUUUGGUGGAUCCUGCUAGAUAUGCUCGUUAUGGUCUUGCAGUAGCUCAACCUGAAUACAUGCGGGAAGGAGAAGAAAAAUAUUUUUCUUGUACUGCAAGAGACAGACAUAUUUUUGUUCGGUGUGCUAACAGAAGAAUAUAUUUGGGCAGAU